CAAUUCCUUUUCAUCUAACCUUUGUGUCAAGGGUUGGGGUAGAGACGAAUUGCAUUGUCAUAAUUUUUCGGACGCUUGGCUGGUAAAGACGUGUUUGUUAACCCUUUUGUUUGUUGAAAAGUGCAAGUGAAAAUGGAGACAGUGGUAAAAGAAUUGGGAGGCGAAGCAUUCCUUGAAAUAUUUUCUGGUGAGUACAUACAUACAUAUAAUAAAUUGUAAAUUGCUUGUAAUAAGUUAAUGAAUUUAUCUAUAACAGAAAGAAUGUUUACCGUUGAGACAUUAAAAUAUUUGAAUUGGGAGCACCUCAGAGGGGAAAUUCCAGUAGAAAUGGUCGGUCCAGCUAUAGAGUUCUUUAAAAAACUGGAGUUGUGGCAGAACAAAGAGAACGUUGAGGAUAGUAACGAGCCAGAACCAGGUGUUUGUGUGGCUCGAAUUCUUUCAAAAAGCAAAAAGGGAAAACUGAUAUUGAAGCAUUAUAAUGAACGCAAAACCCUUAGCUCACAAGUGAGAAGAGACCUAAGUUCUGUAAUAGUCGAGUACUUGCUUCAAAAAGAACUUAAACCUAGGCAGAACCUGUUGAAGGAGAUUGCCAACCAAAUAACUGAUAUAUUUGAUUCUGAGACGGCUGACACAUACUUCUUGAAGAGUAAAGGAAAGAAACCGGGCGGCCUGCUGUACAGCCACUUUUAUAAUAUAAAGGCCAAAUAUAGUACUGGAAAAGUCCCCAAGCCUUUAAACCAAAACGUUUCUCCAAAUAUGUUAUUGUCUUCCCAAAAAACUGAAGUCGAAUUGGAUUUACAAUGGCUUAAAUAUAAUAUUGAGCCCUUGGAGUCUGUGCUAAGGUGCUGGAAUUCCACAUUUGACUGGAGAAGCAAUUUCCUGAAGUCGGAUGCCAAUCUGCUUGAUGUAUUUGAAGAAUUUCCAAUUUUGACACAAUCCUUCGGAUUCAAGCUGAUCGAAAACGACUUUGAGGCUUUAUAUCCAGCUUCUUUUAACAAUUUUUCGCAAAAGUGGGACGAGUUUAAGUCAAAAAUUGUUCCCCUUUUAAGAGAGAAAGUAAAGGAACAACAGGGUAAGAUCCUGCUUAAGUCUUUGGAAAGCAACGGUGAAGACAUACAAACGACUUUAAUUUGGCUUGCGAUUCAUUCAGUGUUGGUGCCAACCUCGAGGACAAAAGCAGACGGCGAUAGCAAGACAUUUAAACACACAAUUGCGGAUUCGCGAGGCCGUUUCUUGGUUUGGAAGGCUACUGUUGGGGAACUGCAAACACAUUUAAAGAAUCUUACGGAAAACUGCUACUCAGGAAAGCAGAAACUGCAACCGUUCAUCUGCAGCGUGGGAACAAGCCCAUUUUACCUUACAGAGUUUUCAGUUUACUUAUCAGGUGUUUUUUAUAGGAUGCCAAAUUUAUUAAGAAGCAUUGAAGUGUGUUUCAAAAUAUUUUUUGUCCUAAACCUCGAGUAUCCCCCGGAAUGUACAUUAGUGUGGUCAUUGAUACAACAACAUUUUUAUGAAAUUCAUUUGAAGUCUGAUAAGAAAAGCAAAGCUCUCUCUGAACUCUUAAACGAUUUUAAAAACUUUAGAAUGUAACCAUUUUAGGCAUAAGUUUUCAU